GUCUCUGUUGGAACAUUGACUCGUUCACAUGGAUCCUUUCAGCUUCAAAACGUUUCUUCUCUUUGUCUGUUUGAUCGGCUGCGGCUCGGCUCAAGGCAUCCUCCCGGAAGGCCCGCUGGAUGCCGUGCUGUCUCGGGACGUCGUUCUGGAAACGCUGCUCAACAAACCAGAUUAUAAUGUUAUCAUCUGGAACUUUAAUGAUGGAUCUGUGCAGUCUGUGGCCACCUUGACUGCCAAGGGGCUGGUGGUGAACAAGCCUUACGAAGGGCGCGUGGCCAUUAAUGCGACCAACGGCUUCCUGACCCUGAAGUCUCUGAAGUCAAGCGACAGCGGAGACUAUAGCAUCAGUGUUGUGUACAAUGAUGGAAACACGGUAGCAGCCGAGAUCCAACUGCGAGUCCUGAAGCCGGUGUCUGACGUCAUCAUUAAGUCAAACUUGCCAGAGGCCGUGGAAAACAAAAGCACCGUCGUCCUCACGUGCUCGGCUCAGGGCUCCUUACUCAAGUUUACCUGGACCAAUGGCUCCGCCCCCAUCGUCGAUGAUGGAAAACGACUCCUGAUUAAAAACGAGGAGAUGACCAGCACACUGACCAUCAAACCUGUUCUCAGGUCGGAUCUGAUUGGUCCAAUCUUCUGCACUGCUGCCAACAAUCUGGAGAAAGAGAAAAGCCCGGCCUUCAAACUCACAGUCCACUAUGGUCCAGACAAUGUGAUUAUCUCACCUGCCUCAACACUUCAGUACAUCAAGUCGGGCUCUAACUUCAGUCUAGAGUGCUCUGCCCUCUCAUCUCCGCCCGCCACCUUCAGCUGGUUCCAGAACCUAAAGGAAAUGGAGGUGCCGGGACCCGUUCUUUCUCUGGGGGCAAUCGAGAAGCUGGGCUCAGUGAAGAAGGUGCAGAACUACACAUGCAGGGCGCAAAAUGCCAAGACCCUGCUCAACGUCACGUCUCCCGCUGUGUCCUUUGGUGUGAUGGAUGCCAUCUCUGGCACUAAAAUCACCGGUCCGACCGUGACGCUCAUCGCUGGCAACAGCACAGCCAACCUGAGCUGCCGGGCGAUGACCGGCACUGUGACGACCACGACCUGGCUGAAAGACGGCCAACCCCUGAUCGCCAGCUCCCGACUGGUGUUCGCAGCUGACAUGAGCUCCAUGUUAAUCAACCCGCUGCAGGGAGACGACACCGGACAGUACACGUGUCAGCUCACCAACCCCGUCACCACCGAGCAAGCAUCGUUCAAGUUGGUGGUCAACUUUGGUCCUGAAACAGCGUUGGUGAAAGGCGAAGAGGCUGUGGAGGUGAACGACCCCAUCACACUCACUUGCUCUGCACCGUCCUACCCAACCGCCAACUUCACCUGGAAGUUUAAUGGCACAGCGACCGACAUGAAGACUGACAAGUACAUCAUCGACAAGGCCAAUUACAAGAACACUGGAACGUACACAUGUGAGGCACACAACGCUGUCACCGGGAAGACCGUCACAUAUAGCCACAAGCUGUCCGUCAAAGAGGAGGGAGCGUUGGAUGAAGGUCUCUCAGACGGCGCAAUCGCAGGAAUCGUAAUUGCCGUCCUUGUCGCUGUUGCUGCUGCCAUUGGAUUGAUCAUAUACUGUCGACAGAAAGUUCCGGUCGAGUCUCCGUAUUAAAGACAGAUGCAGGCUGAAGAUUCUGCGACAAAUAUCAGAUCAUUUUGCUUCCCAUGAUCCACCUGUGCAGCUGGGAGGCGUAUCCUCAUGGAACCAACCGGUUUCCUCUGAAGUUCCUGUCAAACCAGUUUGCCCAUCCCCCUCCCCCUCUCUUCGUUGUCGAUGGCAAGAGGGAAAACUUGACCUUUUAAUUUGAAUGUUUUGUUUAAAGUCAGUUGAUGAUUCUGUGUUUGAAUCUUCACUGUUUAUCAUCCUUUUUUUAACCUUCGUCUUCGUGACAAAUGUCAGUGGAUCGUCACUCCCCUCCCCCACCCUGGUUCAGCGCCUCCUUACACAGUCGGAGACGUAUUGUAUGCAGACUCCGACACAAUGAGUGCUUAUCCUGAAACCUGAGAACACAUACAUAUACGCGCGAGCACGCUCACAAACACACACACACACACACACACAGAUCUGGAGUUUUUUAACUCACCUGUUUGUUUUACACUUGUCAAUAAUUUCAACAAAACUUUAUUAACACGUCGUCUCCUUUUUAUAAACAUCCCAUGAAAAAGCAUUGUCAUUGAAUAUAUUCAGACUGUGGCGUUAAUAAUCACUAACAAUAAACGAAAUAUAUUAAUACAAGAACUAUAAUAUAAUCAAUGAUAAAAAUAUCAUUUUCAUAAAAAACAGAGAUAAAAACAUCAUUAAAAAAACUAAUAUUCAUAAUACUAUUAUCAUAAACUGAUAUUUAUUGAUAAAAUGAUUUUAAUGAUUCAUAAUUGAUGAUAUCGUAGAAUUAACUUUGAAAUGUCAUUCUUGUCUAAUAAUUAUUAUUCAACUAUAAUUCAACCUAUAAAAAAAAGAUGACAAUAUUGUCGUGAUAUCGCUAACAUGAUGAUAUUGUAAGUGAAAUUUGAUGUCAUGUCUCAUCAGUUAACAGCUAAAGAUUUAAAUUGAAUUAAUUUCAUAAAGACAGCAACAGAGAAAGAAACUGUAAAACAAAACCGGUUAAAACUUUGCGAAAAAAGGGUCUUCAUUAAAAAAAGAGACGUGUCUCUCCCUGAUUUCUCAGCUGUGACUGGUUUUCUUCAUCUUGAUGGUGCAGCAUUGUUGUCCCUGUUGAAUCAUCAGUGGAGACGAGCGUGGACGUGCACAGACGAGACAAUGACAUGAAGGUGAAGAAAACCAAACGCAAAAAGGCGGGAAGGUGUGAGUGGGCGGUGACGUCAUCUGAGGUUUGGAGGGAACAUUUUCUCGGUGCUUUGAUAGAAAAAGAUUUAAACCGAAUGAAAAUAUUUCACUCGACGUCUGAAAAGAAAGAAAAUAUUUGAAGUUCAGGUUUUAUUUUAUUUGUUGAGUUUUCUGUUUCAGACCUAAUGAUUUUGGUUUCUGAUGAUAAUUUUAUCGUUUGUGAUUUCAGACUUGAACGUGCACUGAUCUCCAGUAAGAAAAGUAUUUAUUUUGUUUAGUUCAAACCGAAAACCAGAUAAACUGGAGCUGAAGAUCGUAACCACACUGAAUGUUCAAACUGAUUUAAUUUUCAAUUUUCACCCUGGAAUAUUUUUGAAAAAGUAUUCAAUUAUGUCACAUUGAACAGGAAGUGAUGUCAUAGCAACACAGGCUGCAGCGACUCAGACAACCUUAAAGAGAAGCAAGGCUUGCUGUCAAUCAUCAGAUAGAAUGAAUGUGUUGUAUUUUGCUACAUGUUGUUUGUUAACGUUGAUGUGAUCAGUGACAGGUUUUCUGAUGUUUACAGGUUCUAACGUAAAAAUAUACUGUAAAAAAUUUACAUAAAGGUUGGAAAUAUUUUACUAA